CACAUGUCGCCAUUUUGAGAUUUUUUUCGCUUUUGUGUAUUUGCCGAGUCUUUGUCCAAUAUUCCGAUGGCAGGUCCUUUUAGAAUGGAUCUUUCUUUCUGAUCACUGUUUAUUUUCGUCGUUAAAAUUAUCCUGAAUAUGUAAGACAUUAUAAAAGGAAUGGAAAUGGUGACAAACACGCUACAUGUCGAUCAAAUCGCUCGUGUCUCCAAGCGGAGUUCGUCGCCAAGAAUUCUGACUCACUUUGUGGAAGGAUUUGUCAUUCAAGAAAGCAACUUUCCAUUCACGGUAAGAUUGUUCGAUCGCACGUGUCUCACGCCUUUAUUUUAAAGCUUGUAAACUAGCUGCGAAAAUCUGUCACUUGAUAAGGCACACUGUAAGCUUACCAUAAUUAAGGGUGUCAACACUUGAUAAAAAGGCAUGAAAAAUGGCAGGCUGCCCGACGAGCAGAUGUCGUGAAGGCCAUUGAGAAGGAUCUUUUCUUCGCAUUGAAUUCGAAUCAAGGUGCCUAAAAAAAAAUGAUUUUUGUUCUUUUUUUUUUGGUCUUUGACACGUUUAGAUCUUUACAUCGGAAAAUGGUUGACAAUAAUGAUACUAGUACUAGAGCAACAUCGGCAUAUAUCACUCAAUGAGAUUACCGUGAACUGAAACUCCAUUGGCCAACUUAAAUUGUACGGGCCUGAUUUUUUUUUUUACCCUAUUUUAAUAAAGAAUUGAUUAGGGGCCGUUGACAUAUUGACUUUUGUCCCUUCUUAACAUCAACUGGAUGACUACUAGCAAAUUGUACAUUGUACAUUGUGAUUUUCUAAACUCUACCCUUAAUCACCAAUAAAUGAGAAGGCUAAUUUUGUUAGCCGAAAUAUUGGCUUAUAGUAAAUCAGCCCUUUGCCGUAGUGCCAGCCCUGCAUCCAGUUUUGUUUUAUUUUACACCAAAAAUUAGGUUUAGUUUGCUGAUAUUGUAAAUACAUUUGAGAACAAAACUGGAAUCUUUUUUCAAUACAUACUUUCAACGUCAGCGUUUUUUUUUUUGUCAGUAUUCCCUCUGGAAAGCAGUGAGUUUUGGUUGGCAAAAUUUCAAGUGGACAGUAAGGAGGAGGAAGGGGAGGUCUGACCUAAAUGUCCUGUUGGCGUUAGGUGGAGAAAAAGUGAAUAAAUUGACGGCCCCUUCUUUGAUUGUUUGUUCUAUUGAAGCUGGUAAAAAAUUCCAAGAUUGUAAAAUGAUUACCUUUGCCUUUGGUGCUACUUUAAUAACAGUUAAUAAAAAAUGUACAUCAACAAUGGAUUUCUGCAUUUAUGGCGUCAAGUCUUCUCUGCUGCUGAGGCUCGGAGUGAGUCGUUGGCGCGGAAGUCACAUGACAAGUGGUAACUUUCCCACGAUAAGCCACCGAUGCAUUCAUUCAGCGUACCAAUUAGUUUUAAGCAGUGGGACGACUACCCCAGUGUGGAGAAUUUCUAGAAUGUGUGAUUCCUGAAAGCAUCCACACCAUUGCCACCUUAAAAAUUAGAGCAAGUAAGUGUAAUGUUUUUUUUUUCUUUUCUAAAUUUCAGUCUGGAGAUGACAAUGAAGAACUUACUCAAGACCUCAAUGGAAAUCAGAAUUAUGAGAAUGGUGACAUUGAAAUGGAUGCUGGUUUCGAGGGUGAGUAUUGGCAACAGUUAAUUUUACUGUCAGAUAUCUUUAUGUAUCAACUUAUCAUUAGGUUAUUGAUCAGCAUCCUCCAGAGUCUAGAUCCAUUCAUCUUUUUCAAAACUGGUUCUGUGUUUCAUUACUGGUACAUGUACAUCCAGUACUCUAAGGAAACUUGAAUUCCAGUAUGUCCUUUGGGCAAGCAGCUCUCAUGUUUUGCUUGCCUGGGACAACUACUGGCUUAAUGUCUUCGCGCGCGUUAGAUUUUUCAGGAUUGGCCGGCUGGACCAUUGCUGGACCAGUUAAUUAGCAACUGAAAUCGGCUUUUUCCAAAGGGUUUGCUGAAAAAUCAUCUCCUUCGUGCAUACUAUUUAGGAUUUGACUGAUCUGGCUGGAUAGUUUUGAUUAAAAGUGAAAUUCUCAUUAUGACGGGAAUGGUCUGCCCGGUCAGUUCUGACAAACGGAAAGCACCCUGAGUUAAUGAUUUAGUUAGAGGAUGAAUUGCUUGGACACUUCCCCAUUAAUUGGGCAAGUGAGCUGUAACAGUUUAUACUUGCCCGCAAUAAAAUUAAUUUACACUUGUGCUGGACAACUGGACGGAACCUUUUUCAAGCCCUGUACAUUGUAUGUUUCUAAAAAAAGAGCUAAAAACUGAUCUAUUUUUGAUCAGAUGAAAGAACACUUCUUAUUACAUCUUUCAAAAAAAAAUAUACCUAUUCAGUAUUUUCUUCAUCAUUUAUUUUAUUUAAUACAUUGUAAGAUUGUUUAAACUUGGCAUGAAAGGCACUUUAUUAGAAGUAAAAAUAAUGUUCAUGUUCUAGGUCCUGUUGACUUAGGUCUUUGCCACUGUGUGUCCAUCACCUAAAAAUUGGCUCUCUCUCUUUCAAUCUCUGUAAUUUUUCAAGUUGUAUCCCUUAAUUUUUUGCACCAAGCAGGUCCCAUGACUGUGGGCAGGAAAGGCACUAUUCUGUUGAAUCUCAGCUGAAAUUUCAAGUGCUAUAAUUUUUUAUUAAUUUAUCUUCAGCUGACAGCCCUUCAAGUAAUGAUGAAGCUCUCAAUGAAGUAUUCUUGGAUGACUCAUCUGUAGGACACUGUGAACAGUGUGGCCGCCUAACAGAAAAUCUGCACCAGAGGGGGCCCAAGAGAUUCUGCUCCACUUCUUGUGCAAGAAGAUACAGUGUAAGCUGUUCACGUAAGAUGGUAUCUUUUCAUUCCCGGUCCAGCAGGGGUAGAAGGCACAUCAGUGUUAACCAGCUAGCUUCAAAUAGAAAGUCAUCUUAUUCUGUGCCUAUGGUGAGUUCGUUGGUGUUUGCCGACCUCACAAUCACUCACCAGUCACUCAAUCUUUUUCUGAAGCCAUUCAACGCAUACUCAACUCAGUGAAAUUCUAGACUGUACAUAUAACAUGAGAAUAUACGUAGGUGUCUCUCCUGGCUCCUCACUGCUAGGGACGUUUUGCAGGAGAGGCAUCCAUGCCUUAACAACAGAAAUUCCAUCUUAUUCUUCUGUCAUCUGAUAUCAUCUUAUUCUUCCAUCUUAUCCUUAUUUCAUCAAAAAUUCCAUGUUAUUCUGUUCCCAUGGCGACUUCGCUGGUGUUUACCGACAUCACAAUCACUCACCAGUCACUCAAUCUUUUUCUGAAGCCAUUCAACCCAUACUCAACUCAGGGAAAUUCUAUACUGUAGGUAUAAUGUGAGAAUAUACGUAGGGGUGCCUCCUUGCUCCUCACUGCUGGGGACAUUUUGCAGGAGAGGCAUCUGUUCCUCAAUGACAGAAAUUCCAUACUGAUGACUUAAAAUCUGUUGGGAAUCUGGUUAGGAGCUCAAUUUAGUAAUUACAUUGUUUUAGCUAUUGUUUACAAAUGACAGACAAAUGACCAAAGGUAAAAGAGAUCAAAUGUUAACAUGGUGAAUCUACUACGCAAAACACUUAUUUUUGUGGAAUAUAUUUUUUUGUAGAUAAAACAUUUGAGUUUUGCUUCAGCUGGUUUGCAGAACUCAAGACUUUACCAUAAUACAGGGUGUCCCAAAAGUUUGUUCCUCUAAUUUCAUGCGCUAUAACUUUUGAUCAAAACUUCAUUUUUACAUGAAAUUUCUAAAAUAUGUUUCUUACUAUGUCGAGUACUUGUGUUCAGAAGUUCAGCUACCGGCAUCCCCCCUUUGUUUUUUUAUCACACUCUGUAGCCGUUGCGGCAUUAAGUGAGAUAAGCCAUGUAGUAUGUAGAGCGCUAGGUGAUUCAUUUUGAGCUUUUUUAUAACCUAGUAUGCAGGAGUCACUUCGACCCCCAAACAAUAUAAUUUUUUAGAUUAGGCAGCUGAAACAAUAUAUUUUGGGCAUUGGUCCAAGAAAAGAUGAUCAUUCCAUCCUCUUUCCACAGGAAGGCUUUUGCUCUUCCUUACAAAUUUGAGACGAGCUGAACGUUGCUUGGCGGACGGCCCUGGCUGGGAGUAAAGUUUUUUUUGCCACCUCAGGGGUCUCCAAACUUUGCUUUUCAUGAACCUGCUCCAGACUUAACUUGCUAACUGUUGUAAGAGCUGCCUCGUUGGGUCUCCUGUUUUGUACAUGGCCUUCUUUAAAACUAUUUUAGCGGUUUUAUUCAGGACUUUCGGUCUUACCCGUCGUUUCUUGUCUGUAAAACCUUCAUUUCUCUAUGACCAUCUUACCACCCAACAGUCGGAUUUUUCCAUUUUUUUAGGAAUUUGUUUAAAUGAUAAGCCAGUAUAUAGAAAUACAUGCUUCUGCUUGCACGUAGCUGAGUGUUUUUUCGUUGAGAGGGUUUAAUUUUUCAGGAUAUUCACACAAAACAAGGUAGGAGUUCGAGCAUUUCGGGCUACAAAAGGCUAAAAGUAUAUGGCAGGAAAAUUUACUCAGGCAGCGCACCUUUGGCGCGAAAUGACACAAAUCGAAUUUCGAGUCAAGAGAUGGCACAAGAAGUAUGAAAAUAUUAAAUUACAUUGAAAGUCACUACUUUGGUUUAAAUUAUGUGCUGAUCAAGUCCAAUCGUACUGCGUUACAGACUUAAAAAGUAGAGGAACGAACUUUUGGGACACCCUGUAGACAAGCAGAAACUUACACGUGUAAACUUUAACAGGUUCACGUUUGGAACCCUAUGAACUGAUUCACAUCAUCAGUAUGGAAUUUCUCUCGUUAUGGGACAGAGUUCUCUCCUUUUGAAAAGUCCCUAGUGGGGGGGGGGAGUGAAGAGAGACAGCUGUAUUCACAGACUGGUAGCCAACCCAUUUUAUUCUCACGAGAACACCUCCACCAAACCCACAUCAACCAAUACUAAACAGUGAUUUCGUUACAAAUUUUGUUGUUACAUGUGUAAGUCAAUUGAACUCACUCCUGGAAAACUACACUGUAUAUAAGUCCC